AUGGCAAAUAUACUUCAAUUGAUAGUCAACCAGACUUCUCCCGACAAUAAUGUUCGUAAGCUCUCGGAACUAGAGUUUAACGAAGCCGUGCAAAGCAACCCAUCAGAGACAACGUAUUUGAUAUUGGAAGCUGCAUUAAACAGCUCACUUCCUAUCGAUGUCCGCCAGUCGUGCUUACUCCAUUUGAAAAGAUUAGUGCCUAAAUUCUGGUCAAUAGGGUUUUCCUCAUUCAUUGGGCCACCAAUUGCUCAGGAAUUGAAAGCAGCCAUUAGAACAAAAUUGUUGGAGCUAGUCUUAGGUACUAACAAUUCCAAACUCAGAAAUGGGGCAGCUUAUGCAAUCGUGCAAAUAGCUUCCGUCGAUUACCCCGAUGAAUGGCCCGACUUGGUAAAUCAGUUGUAUAAUGCCGCUUCCAACUUGGACAACGAGGAGGCGAUGCUAGGUGGAUUACAAGUUUUGACCGACUUGGUUGAUGAUUUAAUCACUGAAGAGCAGUUUUGGGACGAGGGAGUAGGCAUUGGAAUCAAUAACCAUAUAAACCAAGUCCUUCAGAACACCAGAGUCGAUAUUCUGGUAAAGAGUCAGGCAUUAAAGUUGUAUGAGAACGUGUUGGCUGUUUUGCAAAGCCCCGAAGCAUUUGCCAAUGCAAAUAGGAAACAAGCUAUAGUAGGACAAAUUAAUGUUACUUUGGAGAUUUUGCUCAGCUUGAUAAAGUCUGAUGGUGUUAAUUUGAUACAAUUGGAUUUCAAGAGUAGCCUUUUCAAAGUGAUUGGGUCAGUCAUUGGUCACUUUCAUCUGCGUAUUGCUACGGAAAUAAAACGUAACCUUUUGAUAGCCACCCUACAAAAUUUGCAUUUAUUAGCACUGGUAUUUAAUGACGUUGCUUUGGACACUUAUGAUGUACCUAAGUUUUCUGAGUUGGAUGCCCAGGAAGUGCUCAACGCAUUGAUUUACAACUUGUUUAAUGCCAUAGCUAGCAUUCAACACGAUGUGCUGAUUUCAGAAGUGGCAUCUAUUGCCGAGUUUUACAAGGAUGCAAUUAUCUGCACAGCAUUGCCAAAGGAGAUAAUCGAAGAGUAUGAGAAUGACCUUGGUCUGUACGUGAGUGAUAUCACCGGUUUAUCAGUGGCUAUAAAUCCCCGUGACGCCAUAAUCGACUUGUGGGGUGAGUUGAACGAAACAGACGCGCGUGGCCUAUGCAGUAUCAUUGCGGAACUGUUUUCCAGUGACAGUAGGCUAUUGGAAGCUGAGCUCUACACUUUCGAAGGGUUAUUAGCAAAUGACGCGCAAUUGCCCGAGGUCUCACUAAACUCGAUGCUAUCAUUGGUAAAGUACGACAGCUCUAUAGUCACAUCAAGAUGUAUCUUGUUGUUGCCAAAAUAUUUUGAAAAUUUUAUGGAGAAAGAAGCAAGAAGGGUCUUUACUGAUUUGAUCUCAUUUGCAGAAAAAGGCGAUGCUAUUAUUCAAGUUUCAACACUUGUCAGUUGCAGCUAUUUUCAACAUGUUAUUGAAUUUUCCACCUUAGACAGCUCGUUACAAUUGACUAUCUUUAAACUUGCGUAUGCAUUGGUGGAUGAUUGCGAAGAGGAUGGCCUUCCCGUGUUGUUGGAAGCCAUCACUCUGGGAAUUUCAAUAAACCCGGCGCGUGCAACAGAGCAACAAAUCGGGACAGGUAUCAGUGUGGUUGACUUGAUUUUCAAAAUUGCAUUCAAGGACGCAGCAAAUAUACAAUUGAUAUCAGAUUCUUCUGAUUGCUUAACAACAUUGUUGCAAAACAUCGACAUGCAAGAUUACCUCAAUGCAUGUGAGAAGUCAUUGCCGUUUAUAUUUGAAAUUAUGGAGAAAAGUAAUGGCGAAUAUACCCCGCAAUUGUAUUUAAGUUUGGAGCUCCUAAGCAUCAUAUUAAAGUCAUCUCCUGGCGAUUUGCCACCUCGGAUAUUUGAAUACACGUACCCUAUAUUGCAAAGUGUUUUACUCAGAUCAUCGGACGACCAGGUACUUCAAAGUGGAGGAGAAGUCUUUGACGAGUUGAUCCAAAAGGCAUCCAACUUGUUUGUAAACUACAAGGACCCAUUGAGCGGCGUUUCAGGACUUGACUCAAUGAUGCAGAUUGUGUCCAAGUUUUUGUCACCUCAAUUGUCUGAUGGUGCAGCCAAUAAAUGUGGAUUAAUAGUAGCAUCACUAGUAAGCCAGUUCCAAACCUACUUAUCUCCACAACUUUUGACGCAGAUACUUGAGGCAACUGUCAAUCGACUCGUUAUUGCAAAAGAAUCGAUCACAAUUGAAAACUUGGUUAUGGUCUUUUGUCAGCUAGUGCUCAAAUCCCCCGGGGACACGAUAAACUUUUUGAGCAACAUGGUUGUCAAUCAUAAAUCGGGAUUAGAGACAGUUUUGCCUAUUUGGUUUGAGUCGUAUGAAGUUACCCGAGGGUUCGAUCCGAUCAAGCAAAACUCCUUGGCGUUGGGUAGGAUAUUCACCUUGGGCGACCCAAGAAUAUCCAACUUGACUGUAAAUGGGGAAAUAAUUCCAUACGAUGGCGAUUUGAUUAUUACAAGGUCCAUGGCCAAAUCAAUGCCUGAUAGAUACACCCAAAUUUCAGCAGCGUUAAAGAUUUUGAAACUUUUGGUUGGCGAAUUGCAGUUUCAAUGCCAACAACCAAGUGCUGACGAGUUUAAUCAAGAGGGGGGUAACGAAGUUGAAGUUGAAGUUGAAGCUGAAGGUGGGGAGGAUGAUGGUUGGGAGGAUAUGGACGAUAUUGGGGUACCAAAUUUUACAAAAUUGAAGUCGUAUGUUGACGAUGACCACAAGGAUAGAGCAGACGAUGAUAGUUUGAAGGCAUUGUUGGUGGAGUUUUUCCGAGAAUGUACUAGUAAGAACCUAGGCAAUUUCAGUCACUAUUACGAAAAGUUGGAUGACAACGAAAAGAAAAUCGUUAGCGAGUCUUCUGAAGACACUCUCAAGGAAUUAAUGAAAAGACUUCAAAGAGCAAUGUCCUUCACCACCAAAUUACUCAGAGUCAAGCCGGAGUCGAUAACAUUUUCCAAGGAUCAAUUUCUACCUCACAUCGGUGACAAAGAAACAGAGGAAAACCUCAAAAUUGCAGCAAAAGAGUUGCAAACAACAAAUAAUGUGAUUGGGUUUCCCACUGAAACAGUCUAUGGUCUUGGAGGGUCGGCAUUGUCUGACGAGUCCGUCAAAUCUAUUUACAAAGCAAAAAACAGACCAGCUGAUAACCCAUUGAUUGUCCAUAUUUCUUCGCUUGAACAGUUGCAGAGGCAACUUCUACCUCCAGAUUACCAGAUUCCACAAUCAUACCAAAAGUUGAUGAAUGAGUUUUGGCCAGGACCGUUGACUAUCCUACUACCAGUGCAUGAAAAGUCGCCCAUUUCCAAAUACGUAACUGCCAAUCAGGAUACUUUUGCCGUAAGGAUGCCACUGCACCCAGUUGCCAGAGCAUUGAUUGCCAUUAGUGAUUUGCCAUUGGCCGCUCCCUCGGCCAACUCAUCAACCAAGCCCAGUCCCACUAUGGCACAGCAUGUAAUGCAUGACUUGCUGGGUAAAAUACCUAUUGUUCUAGACGGCGGGUCGAGCAAGGUUGGUGUUGAAUCAACAGUGGUCAAUGGGUUAUGUUCGCCACCAAUGUUGUUACGUCCAGGUGGGAUUUCAUUAGAGGAUUUGAAACGAGUUGGAGGAAAAGAUUGGGAAAAUGUACAAAUAGCAAAGCGCACAGCAGAGAGCAACGAGGCGGUAAAGACCCCUGGCAUGAAAUAUAAACAUUAUUCACCAAAUGCAAAGGUUAUAUUAUUUAUUAACUGUGGAGAUGGAAAGGAGCAGAUUACACAGUAUAUGAAGUCAAACAGCAUCGAUUUGAGCAAGACUAGAGUUGCAUUGUUGAAAUCAAAGUAUUUCAAUGACUUUAAUGGCGUUGGUGUCGUUAGAGACUUGGGUAAAAGUGGAGAAGAUAUUUCCAGGAAUUUGUUUAAACUUUUGAGAGAGGUUGAUGAGGAAGACAAAGUUGAUAUCAUAUUUGUAGAGGGCGUGGAUGAGACCAACGAGGGAUUGGCUAUAAUGAAUAGGUUGAACAAGGCGGCUGUUGAAGUUAUUGAGGGGUGA